UUGAUCAAGACUUCUAAUUUGUUCCUGCAGGUUUAUCAGUAUUCCAAGAGCGUGGCUUGCCUUGCUGCACUGAAGACUCCCUUAACCACAGAGGAUAGCACUCCCGGUUCCAUCUAUCUUCAUCUGGCAAAGCAUUUAACUCCCAAAGGUGUCAAUCAGCUCUAUGGCACAAUGUCUUUUGAGGAGUUGAAUAGACUGGAGAACACUCUGGAGCAGGUCCAUGAUGGAAAAUAUGUGGUUCAAAACCAUCAACUUGCGAUGGAUUUUGAAAAUAAUAUUGAAAAUUGUCAACUCAACAUGGGAGUGCCAGAAUCAAAGGCGAUAAUAAUUCAGCGAGCCUGGCGUGAGUAUUUGCAGCGACAGGAGCCCCUCCAGCACGCUUGCAUGGAGAAGCGCAGUCCAUCACCGCCUUCUCUAUCAUCAGGGAAGAUGAGCACCUCUAUCAGCAUGAACACCCUUUCCGAUGGCAGCUCCCCUGUGAGUAGCAUCCCUUGCCUUUGUUUUACUGUGUUGCCACCUGCUGGAUAA